CAAUAUGAAAGGACACAGCUGAGGACAUUUCCUGUGCAGUUCUUUAUUGUUGUGCACCAUAGCUGUGUUCAGUGACUACAGCGCUACAGGUUGAUCUUUCGCUGUGGUUGGAGGCUGCAUGGCUUCGGGUGGAGCAGAGGAAGACGAUGGAGGCAUUCCAUUGGACAUCGACAACAUGCACAUGCUCCUCCAAGUGGAGCAUGAUCAGAUUCAGAAAAGGACGUUCACCAACUGGAUCAACGCUCAACUCUCGAAGAGAUGCCCUCCCUCACACGUGUCAGACCUCUUCUCUGACCUUAAGAAUGGGUCACAGCUGCUCGACCUGCUGGAGGUGAUGACUGGUCAACCUAUGAAAAGACAGAGGGGCCGAGGGGUUUUCCAGCAGAGGGCCAACAUCGAGACAGCACUAAACUUUCUCAAGAAAAAAUCAAUCAAAAUGGUGAACAUUAACAUCCCAGAUAUCAUGGAUGGACGGCCCUCCAUCAUCCUCGGCCUCAUCUGGACCAUCAUCCUCCACUGUCACAUAGAGGAGCUGGCCAGCACUCUCUCCUACAGCUCUUGUCAUUCCUCCCUCGACUCUCUGACCAGCCUGGACUCCUUUUCUGGCAGCCCGGUCCCAGCUAGUCCAGUCCAUGCAGGCCGGACUUCACCUCUGCAUAAACACUUCCGAAUAUCUGCCAAGAAGGCCCUGCUCAUGUGGGUCAGGGACCAGUGCCAAAGGGCUGGUUGCUCUCUAAGUGUGAAGGACUUUAAGAAGAGCUGGAGAAGCGGAGAGGCCUUCCUGGCCAUCCUGUGCUCUCUCAGGCCACAGCUGGUUGAUCUCUCUCUUGUGCGGUUCAGACGCAACCAGGAGAACCUGGAAGAGGCGUUUCACCUGGCUGAGAGGGAGCUCCACAUCCCCGUCUGCUGGAGCCCAGGGUGAGAUGUGGAUGUUAAAGACCCUGAUGAGAAGUCCAUUAUGACUUAUGUGGCCCAGUUUCUCCAGUACUCCAAUGACAUGCCUUCACCUGAUGACCACCUGCAGGUCCCCCAAAGUGAGCGAGCACUAGAGUUGACCUCCUGGCUGCAGCAAGCCUACCAGGAGCUGUCAGAGGCACGCACAGCUACAGAACAUUCAAGCUUUGCUGAAAAAUAUCAGGUACUUCAGAAACUGUCUGACUCGUUCACUGAGCAGAGGAAACCAGUGAUGACCCUCCUCGCUGCAGUAAAGCGCUGCCCUGAGCUGAGCCAGGAGCAGCGAGCUCUCAGGACAGCGUCGGAUCGUAUGGAGGAGGAGCUGCAGAGGUGUAAAGCAGACCUGGACUCAAGUCUUCCUCCUCCUCUGGACUCAGUCAUGGUGUGGCUGCAGCGUGCAGAGGCAGCGCUAACAGAAGACGGAGGAAAACAGAGAGAUCAUGCAGAUGCUGCUAAAGAUGCAAGAACUCAACAAGACAAGUUAAAGACAUUGAUUAAAGAGAUGAGCCAUCAUGUCAAUAUCCUUGAUACCUUCAAAAACAUGGAUGUCUCGGGGAACUUAGUCGUGCCCCUUGAAAAGUUUGAUGAGGUAAAAAGACGUUUAACAAAUAUCAGAGUGACAGCCAAGUAUCAAGGGAUCAAGUUGGAGUACAAGGAAUCUCGUCACACUGUGCUUGAUCUCCUGGGCCGCGUUGAUGCUGAGGUUCAGACAUGGAAAGCCCCCUACAGGUCCCAGGAGACAGUGACCCAGCUUCUGCAGGACUGGCAUGAAACUAUGGACCGCCAAGGACAGCUUUUGAUUCUGAUGGACGCUCUCCAAAAGCUGCAGAAAAAGGCGAAUGCUUACACAAGCAAGGCAGCGUUAAGUGGAGAUUCCCAGACUGUUACUCUGCAGGUGAAGGAGGCAGAGAGGGAAGCUGAGUUGAUACAACAGGCUGUGACGGCGGUGAGAGGGACGAUGGAGAGAGUGGCGUCUGAGUGGGAGACUUACAACGACUGCAUGACUUCUCUGCAGACAUGGCUGACACAGCAGAGAGACGUGAUGCAUGAUCAGGAUAUGAGUAAGUGGACAUCGUGUCAGGCCAGGUUAAAUGAGGCGGGGAACUUUCUCAUCGAAGUGACAGAUUCUUCAGCCAGCCUCGCUCUGACAGAGCAACUCAGAAAGAUCAACAUGCAGUGGGCUGGAUGUGUGAAGAGGACGAAGUUUGGUGUAUCCUCAGAGUCCAGUGUAGGCCCUCUGUGUCUUCAAACGGUGCCUUCACUGACCCAGGAGGCCAGCUUUCUACUAAAUCAGCCACUGGAGGUGUCCUCAGUCCCACUGAAGGCUAAACAACAGAAGCUACAGCUGAUCAGCAAAAAGAUGACUGAGGUGGACCUCUCCUCUCUCAGUCCGUCCACAGACUUCACACCCCCACAGGUGCUUGCUGAAGCAGAGAGGACCUGUGGAGAGCUGCAGAGGGCUGCAUCCAGGCUGGAGGGCCGUCUGGCAGAACUGAACCACUGGAGCACCGAGACCCUGGACUGCUACCAACAACUAAAGGAGAGAAAACACAAAGGACGUCCUGCGCUGCAAUCUACAGCCAAAGCUCUGAUCUCUCGAGGCCUGCAGCUGGAAAACCAGGUUGUAACUGAGGGGCAGGAUCUGCAGGUCCUUGUGGCUCAGGUACAGAAAACCUCUCCUCUGCAGCACCUCAGCACCUCUGACAUGCAGGACAGGAUCUCAGAGGCGGUUAACCACUGCCAGGAGAUUCUUGGCAUGUUUAGCUCGCUUGGAUUCCAGCGACCUGUUGGAGCAGCCAAUCAGACACAGAAGCAGCCAGAGCCAGGGGCCAUUGUUGUGGCCAGAACCAAACAUGUGGACAAGAUUGGGAAUGUUUCCGUUCAAACCCACAUCCCAAAUCAGUUUCUAGCAGAGUUUCCAUCUCAGUUGCCUCGACAAAGAGCGAAAGAUCUCCAGCAGAUUGUUACACAGGAUGAACCGACCAUUGUCAUACCCCGAGUCCAAAUACUGCCUCAGCCUUUAAGAGAACCAGUACCACAAAUUCACUCUCCUCUCACUCCAACUAGAAAAGAUACUGGAUCCCAUCCUAUGAUUCAGCCUCAGUCAUUUCCCCAAACCUUCAAUCAGGCUCCAAGUCCAAGUUUUUCUGAACUUGUAACAAGUACAGUCUCCAAGGAAAAAGAAAGCUCACACACUUUACAAACCAACAAAUCAAAAUCCAGAUCUGUAAGCAAACCGAAGACUCCACAGACAGAGAAAAAACCUCCUCUUCCACCAGCCAUGGACCGCAGUGAGGUUCAUUCAAAAGCCCAGUCAAUGGCAAAGAGCCGACUGCUGAAGGCCAGGUUUCACCUGCAAGGACGCAUCCAGCAAGCCAUCAACUUAUUUGGAGGCAGAGACAUUUCAGACACACAAGCCAAGAGGAAACAGAAAGCUUUAAAAGUUCUUCAGCCUGCCGUCCUCGAGGAGUUCCUGGGUGCAGUGGAGGGUUUUGGGGCCUUUUGCACGGGGUCCCAACUCCAGGAAGUGAGCCGCCUUUCUGACUCGGUCAGGAAACAGUGGGAGGAUGUACGCAGAGAAAUUGCUGCUUUUGUUCCCGUCUUGCGGUCUCACAUCAGAGCGGGAGAGCAUUCAUUUUCUGUUGUGCAAUGUGAAACGCAAACUAACAAUCUGCAUGAAGCGACUGACCAGACUGACCGUGGCUCUGUGCUGCAACAGCGACAGGCCGUCACAGAUGAAGACGCAUCUGUGGAGGAACGAGCUGAAUCCCUGCAGGAGCUGUGUGACACGCUGACACCAGGAGAAUCGUCCCUGACAACAGACCCACUGAGGGAGUCAGAGGAAGUGCAGGAGACACAACCCAGUGACACAAUGCUCCAAUCUGACCAGGGACGGCAGCUCUGGGGUAACACCCCGCUGAGAGCGACUGGCACGUCGGCCGACACACAGCGGAGCAACAAUCCCCCGCAGGAACAACACGCUGACAGCCCACAACAAGACCUCUCACCCAUGGGCGUCGGUGUGUCGGUGCAGCCCUGUAGGGAUGUCCUCCAGGUCCGAGCUCAGGAGGUCCCAGCUGAGAACAAAGAUGACCUCAGGCAAAGUAAAAGCUCUGCGUCUGGGAAGAAUCUGAAACCUGCACUUAAAGCCAAAGAGCAGCAGCUGACAGCUCGUCUCCUGCACAUCACAGGAAGACAUCAGCCGACACAGGCUCAUAUACAGGUAUCAGGAGAACGCACGCUUUAUGCACUGAAUUUAUUUCUUUGUCUUGGUUUAUCAACUAUUUCUAAUAGCACAAUUUUACGAUGUGACUCUCCCAUCUCCCAGGCUGUUGUCAGGGGCAACACCGUGGAGACCAAACAGGAGCCAGAGUGGACCGUCAUCCCAGAGACAGCCGCCCCACAUCAGGAAGAGCUCUCCCCUGAACAGGAAGUACUGGAAAGGUUGACCUGUGUAGAGAAAGCUGCUGACCUGAUGGAUUCUGCGAUUCAGGUGACACUGACGACAGAAAGACUUGACUGGAUCAUCAGAAAACCAGUAGACAUCUCCUCCUUAACACUGCCUGAUCCUGAUUUGGUUUCUGAUUUACAGGAGAUGGAUGUCAGGCUGCAGUCUGAACUGAAAAAGCUAACUGAGGAGGAAAGACGAGGGCAAAAAGUCAAAAUCUCGUCAUCCCUCAGUCCGGCUCUGCACAGCAGCGUUCAUCAUCUGGAGCAGCUCAGACAGCGGCUGGAGAAGGUUCAGUCAGCUGCCCUGGCCCUGGAUCACUUCCUAGUCACAGUCAGGGAAGUGAAAGCUGAAAUCCCAACCCCGUCGACACACCAGGACUCCAGCAGGCAGCAGAAUGAGACAGACUGGAAGCAGGACAGACAGUCUUGGCAGCAGAAGUUGCAGAGGGCUGCGGAACAAGCUGACAGCCUUUUAAAGACAGCGGGGAUGACUCUGAGCAGGGAUGGUUCGGCCGUGAAGUGCCAGGAUGUGGUGACGUUUUCGUCCCAGCAAGCUGAGGAGGAAGAGUCGAUGAGUACCAAGAAGAGCGAGAGAAACAACGAGAUAUUUCUGAUGGGACAAAAACACAAAGAGGGGAUUAAAGAGUUUAAUCCUUUGGAGGUUACACAGUCUUGGGAUGAUUCAUCACAAAAGGAGGGAGCACAGGAGCAGAAGAUGUCUCCAAGAGUAGUAGAAGAGGAGUCAGAGUUGGAGGCCAAAAGACGAAGACUGGAGGGAGAUAAUGAAACGAAUGAACAAAGAGCGAAUGUGCAAAAGGAUCAGACGUGCAAAUCUGAAGAGAAUGUCCACAAAGCAAAGGACGAGAGGAGAAGAAGAAGCAGCCAGGUUAAGAGAGAAGAAGAGAAGAGGGAGAGUUUGGUUCAGAGGAGAGUUGCAUUGAUAGGAGCACUGAAGGAGAUGGAGGGAGCAGCUGAACAGCUGGGGUUAAAGGAGCCCAGCCUGCCUGCUCUGCAGCAGAGGACACGCGCCCUAAAAGAGCUGGAAAGUCGUCUCGCUGGCCUCCAUGCUGAGCUUCAGCACCUUAAAGAAGAAGCAUCAGAAGCAGGGUUCUCUGACGGGAGUCAAACCGGAGAGGUGGAGGAGGUCUGGGAAGAAACGACUAAAGCUGUGACUGAACGACUGCAGCGGUGUCGAGUCCUAACAGAGCUGCUGAAGAGGUUCCAGAGCCUCCGUGGUGAGCUGAGUGGGACUCUGCAGAGGGCAGAGAGCGACAUAAAUGAACAAGCCUCCUACAUGGGGAAAGAAAACUUGCAGAGACUGCACACUAAGGUCCGGGAAACAAAAACCGAGCUGACCGGCCUCGGGGACAGGAUAGAGGAGGUGCGCAGUGUUUGCAGGCAGCUUCACACUCAUCUACGUCAGAUCCCAGAAUGCACCACCAUCCCUUUUGAGGAAGAAGCAGAUGCUCUCAUGGACCGCUGGCUGGAUAUUUCAGAAAGAACCGAUUCCCACCUUGAAAACCUUCACCUUGGCCUGACUCUGUGGGAGGGGGUCCUCCAGCUGGGAGCAGAGGUGGAGAACUGGACCACCAAUAAACUGGCAGUCUUCGCUGAGUCUCCAUCCUUUCAGACUGAGGAAGAUAUUACAGCCUUACAGAACGAGAUUUUAGCCCAAGAGGAGAAUACUGAGCGUUUCCACAGGAGAGCCAGUGAGGUUCAGACGCUGCUUCAGAGCGCAGAGCCUCCUCUGGAGCUGCAGGUUGUGGAGACCCAGAUGAGGAAGAAGAUAAAGGAGCUGAAGGAGCUUGCCUCUGAGGCCGAGGACGUUCACAGGCAGAUGGUGGCUGCUCAGGAACAAGUCACGGCGAGGAUGACUGAAUGUGCUAACUCCCUCCAGAAGAUCCAGGACUCCCUCCUCACGCUCGGGGGUUCAGAUGUUCCAACAGUCCUCGCAAAACUUAAGGAUCUAGUGUUGGAGCUCCAGACUCAGGAUGAGCAGGCAGAGAGUGUCCUCGGGGACCUGAGUGUCAUCUCCUCCAUAGCCAAACCACUCAGCCUCCAGAGUCUGUCUGUGGACGGGAUGCAGCUGCAGGACAAAGUCCGAAACACUCAUCAGCUCUUCUCUGAGGUGGAGGAACAGACUGAGAGGAACAUCCAGGCUCUCGACAGGCUGCAGAGGGAGAGUGAACAUUUAGCACGAUGGUUGCAAGCGGCUGAGGAGAGAGCGGGGAAUGAGCAAGACCGUAGUGUCUUACAAGUGGAAACACUUCAACAGAGGGAGAGGACACGAGAUAUACACGAGCUUGUGUCGUCUUUACAAAACAGCAACCUCCAGGAGUCUCCUCUGGUGGAAGAGGGGAGCAAGCUGCUGGAGAAAUACAACAACGUUCAAACCAGUCUUCUGGGUGGCUCCUCUGAGAAGCAGAGCUCUCCGAGCAGGAAUGUUGAAGCAUCUCGGACUCUUUCAAAGUCUACUCAGCCCUCAGUCGCAGAUCUGAGACCAACUGUUGCCUCUGUGCUUGGAGAAAGUGUUGAUACUCAGAAUCCUGAAGAUGGGAGACUUCAACGUGAUCGAGCUGUGAAAAGUGCCAUGGCAGAAGAGGAGGCUCGCCUUGAGGAGGUCAGUGUCAAAAAUAUGAGAAAUAAUAAAUGUUCCGGCCUCGAGGAAAGUGCACGUAAAGAACAUCAAAUUGGUGAGUUGAUGCAGGACUGCCAGCGGAAAUUGACGUCCCUGCAGGAGAAGCUCUCAGCCUUUCAGCCGGAGCAGAAAGAAAGCUCAGCCGCACUGAUCACUGAUGCUCCGGCUCUGGAGGCUUUGCUACAAGAAGUGACAGACGUGGAAAAAGACCUUUUACAAAUUGUAACACUCAAGGACUCCAUCUCAGCCAGUGCCACAGCCGAGGCUCGGGCCAGCCUCUCCCAGCAGGUCGGCAUCCUCCAGAGCCACAAGAGGGCGCUAGACGACAGCGUCAGAGAAAAUCUUGCACUGCUCGCUGAGAACAGAAACCGAAGAGUACAACAAGUAGAGGAAGAAAUCUGCUGUGUGCAGACAGCAAAGGAGCUGAUGGAAAGUUUAGAUGGGAAUCUGUGUGGGAGGGGAGAAGUGUUACCUGAUAUCAGGCCGCUCAAUCAGCAGUGGCACAUACUACAGGAUUGUGAAACCAGGCUGGAAGAAUUGGCUGCAAAAGUUUCUGAUCUGCAGAAGACUGGAGAGACAAACAUCACACAUGAAACACAUCAUCCAGAUGUUAUGUUGUCUGUGGAAACAGCUGCUAAAGACCUGGACAGCCUCAGGUCUGUUGUUCUUCAAAGUAAGCAGGAGUGUGUAGAAAACACAGCUGACAGGGUGAGACAGGACAUCAGCCGGCUGCAGGAGUGGAGCCAAACUGCUGAACCUUCAUCGUCCAGCCAGGUCGCUCUGGAUGAAGGUUUGUUGCUUCAACACUCUCUACGUGAAGUACUCUCUGAUAGAGAUUCUCUUUUGAACUGUUUGGGAUCACAAGUGUCAGAGGAGCUGCAGAAAAGUGCUUCAGAGGCUCUCAGUCAGAGUGCACGGACACUUCAAGAAUUCACAAAAAGCCCGCCUCAGAUCACAGAGAGCAUGGAGCCUGAGAGGACAGCGCCUGGUUUGAAAGCUGAUCCGCCAGCCGGGGAGACGUCAGGUGGAUCACAAGACUCCCGCAAACACAAGUCCACCAUGCAGGAUAUUUUGACUGACAUCCAGAGCUUGGUGGAAAGGAGUAACAUAAUAAAUCGGACUCCUCACAUCGAUUUGAAUUGGUACCUGAAAUCCUCUCCUGGGGAACCAGAGAUUCGAUUGGUACGGACUGUCCAAAAGGUUCUGGCAUGUCGUUAUCAACCAGCACAGCUCGACAUAAAGGCGAUGGCCAAACAACUGCAGGAUGCAGAGGACUACAGGUGCUGUGUGCAGGAUCAAGUGGCUGCCAUGAAAAGUAAGAGUGGUGCCAGGGUUUGUCCCCCAGAUGCCUUGAAAAGUGUUGAAGCACAGUGUAGUGCGGCACUGCUGGACGCCUCGGCCACUGUGCAGGUCAAAGCAGCGCAGCUGGAUCAGGUCAAACAGUAUCAGAGACAGAUGAAGAUCAUUAGAGCUUUCUUGGCCGUUGUAGCUGUCGAGAAGGAAAAAAUGAGCUUAGAUAUUUUAGGAAGCAGUGCCCUUCAAGCUAGCAAACUCAAUGGCCUGCUGCAAACAAUGGUACUGAAAAAACACAUGAUGGAAGAGCUGCUCCGGAUAAGUAGCCAAUUAUCAGUCCACCUGAGCGACGCUGAGAGCUCCGGCGCUCUACUUGCCCAGCUUGGAGAUGUCCAAGAGGAAUGGAGGCUCUUAGAAGGAAGUGUGAAAAGAGCUCUGCAGCACGCUUCAAGCUCGACCUCUCAAUCCUGUCUUCUGAUAAAAGACACCAAACAGCUUAGAGCCAAGCUUGAAGCUCUUCAGACGUCCAGCUUUGAAAGCAAUGACAGCAAAAGCGCUUUAGAAUCUGUUUGUCUCAUCACAGACCUCAAACUGUUCAGCCAGCUCUAUCUGCACCUGCAGUCCGAGUCUGACGCUCUUGUCCAGUUCUCUCUGGGUCAGAAAGAGAAAGACGAGAUCAAACGUGAACUCCAGGAAGUGGGCUCUCUGAUAAAUGUCACCAAGAGCAAACUUGACAUUUCAACAUACAGCUCUUCAGCUAAGAUAAACAAGCAAUUACAAGACUUGAUCACGUGGGCCAAGCAGGCGGAAAACCAUAUCUCGAUUGGGAAAAAGUUAGCUCUUUUCCCAGAGGAGGCUCGGAUUCAAAUUGUUGAGAUGAAGAAAUUUCAAACGGAUAUUUGGUCUCGAAGGUCCAAGAUGCAAGCGGAAGUGGAGCAGAUGAAAGACAUAGCCUCUGGCAUGGAAAUGGAGGAAAGCAACCAAGUUUUCAAGACCGUAGAGGACCUUUAUGUGGCCAUCACUGACAGCUUGGAUCAUGUUCUUGACACCAUGAAGAAAGAUCUGAAAGAAAGGGAGACAAUGUUAUGCCAGCUUGCUAGCAUGGAUGCCUGGCUUGCAGAGAUGCAUGCCAAAAGAGACCCCUGUACGCAUGUCGACAAUGUUUCAAAAGCCAACAUCAGAGAGCUGGAGAGCGAGCUGAAAAGUCACAAAUUUGCCACGGUGAAGAUUGAGAGCACAAUAAAGCUUGUGGAAGGAAUGGCAGAAAGUUGCAAAGAAAUAGCUGCAGGGUUGAGUCCAGGGGAGAGCCGCUACCUUGUCAACAGACUGUCAGGACUUUGGACAGAAUUAGAUGGAUUGCUAGCUUUAGAGAAAGCAACCAGCUGGGAAUUAGAGGAGCUGAUUCAUGAGAGAACUUCGUCAGACGAGGAAUUGUUGACCAUUCAGGCUUGUUUAGAGAACAUCUCCACUGAUCUGAAGCAACAAAUGUUCCCUUUAACACAUGAAACCAUUUCAAAAACAGCCCAAUGGAAACACAUGUUGAUGGAGCAUCAGUGUCAAGUACAAGAGAUCCAGCACUGCCAGGAGGCCCAGCGAAGCUCCCUGUUGUGCACCAUUGGGGAGCUGCAAGACCAGUGCAAAGCUCUCAGUAUUAAUGCCUUUGAACAAGAGAAAUAUCUGCACAGGAGGAGCCAGAUGGAAGCAUCUAGGGACAUCACCAAAGAGCAAAUCCAGCGUGCCAAAGAUAAAGAUAUAAAUUUGGGUCAGAGGUUCAGACAGUGCCAAACACUCUUGGUUGAACUUCCCUUGGUCAAGACACAGUGUCAAGAAGCAGCUGACCAGUUGGAGGCCAUAGCUCAGGAAUUGAACGCAACUGAGCUCAAUUCAGAGAGGCAGAGAAUUCGCCAAACUGUGGAAACUUUAGUCUCCUGGGAGAAUUCUGUCACAGACGAUGUCAAGAACCUAGAAACCAAGCUUCUGCUCGGCCUGCGAUUUUCCUCCGAGCUUCCUGCCUUAAUAGAGUUUUUCCAGAGUACGAGAGCGGAGCUGGAGGGAGCCAAACCUGUAGAUCCAGAAGAGAAAGCCAUAGAUAUUGCACUACGAAGGUGUUGGGUUAUUUGGAGAAAUAUGGAGUCUGGGAUGAGGGUCUUGGAAGGCCUGGGGCGAAAAGAAAAGACUAACCUGAAGCACAACAAGGAGCUGUACUCCCUUAGAGAUGCCACCAUGCAUGAGUGUCAUGUUAGAAUGGACAGUUUGUCCCAAGCUCGAGAGUCCCUGAAAGAUUACCAAUGGGCUGCUCAGGGAGCAAUCAGUUUCCUUCAUAAUGCUGAAGCCACCUUCCUCUCAGCUCCUGGAGGCUUUUUGGAUUGUACCGAGGAACAACGACAGACGCAGCAGGCGCUAGAAACUCUUGAGGAUGGAUUUCAGGCUCAUAUUUGCCACCUUUUCGAGCUGGUGCCCAAACAACCCUGCCUAUUUCUCCAAAAGACUGAGCAACUCCACAUCAACAUCUUCAGUCAGCUGCUGGUUGGACGAGCCUUACUGGAGGCCCAAGCCCAGCUCAGACUGGAGUCCUUGGAGAGUACUGGACGAAUGUGUCACUUCAGGUGUGAAGCAAGACAGCAAAGCCACAGGAGGUGUCAUGAAGACAUACGUCAGCAUCUUUCCGGGCUCGAGGCUCAGCUCUCUGAAUGUGCUGGAGAACAAGUGACAUCAUAUGAUAGAUGUGUUGCCCAACAGAAAAGAGCUACGCUUUUGAUGGAAGAUCUCUGCUGCCUCGCUGGUAAAACAGAAGAACUGAGAGCAGGGUGUCCGAUGCAGGGCUGUGUUGUUGGAAAGGACGGUGAGCUGGGCGCCCUCUGGAGGCGCUGGGUGUCGUUACGACGUGGUAUCGGCUUUCUAAUGGCACACACAGAACAGAGAGGAGAGGAAUGGAAGGACAUCACAACAAGUAUGGAGCAGUGUUGCAGCUUUUUGGCCAGUCUUCAGGCUGAAGUUCCCGACUCCUCCACUGUGAGCUUCAUUAAGGAGGAACCCCAGGAGCUUCUGGCUCAGGCUGAGAUGCACCAAGCUGGGCUGGAGCAGGAGCAGCAGGCCUUGGCCUCGCUGGAGCACCGACUGGAGCAUGCCUUGAGCUUAUCUAGUUGCCAUGAUCCCAUCAGCCCCGGACCUGUUGGAAAAACACUUGUGAAGAUCCAAGACAAUGUCAGGAGCUUGAAGGAGAAAAAUCUGCAGGUGGUAGCAGCAGCACAGGCGGAGGAGAAAGAGAGACAACAAGUCCAAAAGGAGAUAGAAGAGGUGGAGCAACAAGUGUCAGCGGUUCUUACUUCACUGGAGGCCAGUUCCAAUCCAAGCACACAACAGGAGCUCAGAAAGGAUUUGUCCUCCCAGAAGGCCAAACUACAGAGCAUCAUGGCCGGUGUGCAGAGCCGGUAUGCUGAGAUACCACCUGAUAUCAACAGGAGGCUUCAAGAGGUUCAGCUGUCUUUAAGAAGAGAGGAGGAGAAGCUCAUGGAGAAGAGCAUCUCAGUCCGAAAGCUCAACAGCCAGGUGGCAGAGUUGGGCUCCGGCCUGGAGAAAGUCAAAAUGUCACUGGAGCAACAGUCACCGACAGUCCCCGAAGCUCAAACAUUACUCAAGCGUGUGUGGGAUGAGUUGGAUCGGUGGCACAGCCGCCUGAUGCUCCUGGAAUGUGAGGUUCAGGAUCUUGCGGAGCAGCAUCCAGAUCAAGCCCACCUGCUCAUAGACCAGCUCACCCAACCGCUGCAGCUCUACCAAAAUACAGCGCAGCUGGCCGAGCAGCGCACAGCCUUCCUCAGCAAGAUCCCCUGCUGUCUUCAGGAGUUUGAGGACAUUGUAAACAGCGGCACCUGCUGGUUGGGCGAGGCCCAGUCUUGGCUCAGUGCUCCCUCCUCCUUCACAACAGCAAGAAGUAUCCAGAAUCAUGCAAACUCCCUGCAGCUGGUGCUUGAUGACUCAGAGAGGAUCAGAAGCGCCCUGCAGGACUUCAGACCAGUCCUGGAUGAGGUCUCUGCUGUGUGUGACAUGAGCACCCAGAAGGAGAAGUUGAACCAGAAUGACCAGCAGGUCAAACAAAUGCAAAGCAAGAUCCUCGAGCCACUGGAGCAGCUUCUGCAGGCUGUUGAGGUGGUGGAAGAAACCGAAACGGAGCUGAAGACGAUGGAGAAGAAUGUCCAGAAGAUCCGAGCCAUUUUAUCCUCAAUGGACAACUCCAACAUAACUCUGACGGAGCAUCUGCAAAACAGACAGGUGAUCCUGGCCAACGUGCAGUCGAUGCAGAGGACGCUGGAGGAGAUGGAGAGAUGCAAAGGAGAUCUUCAGCUCCCACAGGGAGCAGAGGAGAGCCUGUUGGUCUUCUCCAGAGCCAGUCUGCUGCUGCAGCAGCUGAAGGUGGAGCAGCUCACCCAGCAACAAGCCACAGUGCUGGAGGAAAACAUUCGGGAGGAGGACGUCAGCAUCACUAAAGUCUUUGACUCGUCUGAAGGAACAAGAGCCACACAAAUAGGCUCGGUCCAGGACCCAGAGGACAUGCUCGACGCUUUAGAUGUGCAAAGUCAGGAUAUCGAUGAAAGGGAGCCAACAUCAGAAGUUAAGAAACUGGAGAGUUUGCCUGGUGACGUUUCUACUGAUGUAAAGAUGAGUUCAGAAGACACGGAGACAAUAUCUGUGAAGCCUGAGCUGGAUUCAAAAGACUCUCUCUCGGGACGUAUAGACGCUACAUUGAUGACGAUGGAGUACAAAGCUGAUGUUGGGGAAGCGUUUGGUCCUGACACUGCGGCGGCCGAAGAUGAGGUUACUGCUGCGACUACAGUGGACCGACAAGGAUCACCACAACAAGAAACCCUCAGCACAGACCCUCAAACAGAACCACAUCAGGCAGCAGCUGCAGUGGAAGACAGAGGACUGAUUCCUGUAACUCCAUCCACUGACGCAAGAGCUUCAGAGAGAUCUACAGCAGAGGAAGACAAAGACCAGUCUUUAGACCUGGGUUCUCUGAAUGUGUUGAAGAAGCAACAGAAAGAUGGCAUCAGUCAGAGUGGGUUUGUGGAGGAAUCCAUACAAGCCGAGAAGUCCCCUGAGUUGCAGAUCAGCUCGGCUGGACGGGAAGAAAAGGACACGGAGCAGCUGAGGUGGAGUCAACUCUACACCCAGAUCUCUCAAAAAGUGAGCACUCUGAAAAAAGUGAAGGAGGAGCCUCAGGAGCUCCUCAGCUCAAAGGACGGAGCGACUCAUGAAAAGGAUCCAGAAAAAGAAAUGUUGUCAUCCGGAUCUGCUUCUUCUGUUCUCCAUGGGAUUAAUGAGUCCUCCUCCGUGCUGAGACAAAUAGUGAGCUCUGCAGACGGCUCACAUCCAGGUGUAAGUGAGGAGUUGUACGAUGCGGUGCGGAAGGUCCUCCUCAGUCUGAGCGAUUUGACCGACUUUCUGUUGACGCCCUGUGGCUCUGAGGAAGAUGACGACCAGCUGAGGCUGAUACAGCAGGAGUGCGUCUCAGCUGAGAUGGUGACUGUGUCUGAACUGUUGAGUAAAGUGGAGUCAGACACCGAACCGAUGCUUUCCAGUGAAGAACCAGAAGCUCUCCAGUGUUUGACCUCCCUUCAGGAUGGUCUACAGACAGUCCAGCUGAUCUCCACCUCAUCCCGCAAUCAGCUCCUUCAACAUUUGGGCAUGGCACACCAACAUCAGGAGCUCCCGUCCAACAGGCCAUGUCUUCUGGACGAGUUUGAACAGGGGAAAAGAGAGAUUUUCCCCAGCAUAAAGGAAGCUCCCAGUUUGGAGCUGUGUGUGCUGGGCAGACAUCUGAGGGAGGGUCCAGGGGAAAAAGUCAAGCUACAGCAGGCUUCCCGGUCCUUGCUUCAGGGGACGACUCGUCUCUUGGAGCUGGGUGAAGAAUGCUUCACAGAGAGGCAGAUGAACCAGGUCCAUAACCGCUGCCAACUUCAAGCCGUUCUCUGCAGACACAAGAAGCUCCUGCAGGUCCUCAGAUCUCAGUUGGCUUUUGUUCAGCAUCUGUUCCAGCGUGAGCCAGAAGCGCUCGAAUGUCAGGAGGAUGAGCGGGUCCAGCUGGAGGUCCGAGCCAAAGCUUUGCAGCAACAGGCUCUGGGACUGGAAGCGGCUUCUCAAAGGAGACUCCAGGAGUGGAACCGCUGGGAGGAUAAUUGCGGUCGGCUUGGAAGGCUGCUGGACGAUGUCGAAGCCUUCAUCAGCAGCGAGGAACCGGAGGGAGACGAUGAGGAGUUAGUAAAGGAUCGUUCACAUCUCUGCCAGCAAACACUGGUCCAGCUGGAUGAGAGCAGAGCUGCUUUAGGACUGCUCCUGGAUCAGAGGAAGCUGCUGCAGAUGGAGCCAACGCUCAUCGCCGCGGUCAGUCACACGGGGAGCGCCCUUGAGCAGCGAUGGCAGAGCGCCUACAGGUGGACAGAGCAGGAGAUUCAACGCUGCAUGGACAUCCAGGACAGCCGGACCAGAUUCCACACAGAUUUUACUUCGGUCAGCGAUUGGCUGGUCGGUGCCAACAAACGUCUGAAGAAUUGGUCAAACCUGGCCGACACCUCUGAGCUGAGCGCCGAGUGUGUUCACAGCAAUCUGAUCGAGCUGCUGGACUUCUCCAUGGAGGUCGAGUCCCAGUCAGUGCAGAGGGCGUCUGUAUCCCGGGACGCCUCUCAGCUGCUCCACCUGAGAGAAGCCGACUGUCCCGGGCUGAGAGCUCAGCUCAGCCAGCUGGAUUCAAGCUGGAGCCAGCUGACCUCUGACCUGUCGAAGAUACAAGACCGCCUGCAGCAGCGCCUGCUGACAGUUUGGCCUCCUCUGAGGCUGCUGUGUGAGCUGGAGGACUGGCUGAGGACGCAGGAGGCUCGACUGAACCAGGAGACAGACGCUGUCCUCAAGGCCGAAGACGCUGCUCACAUCACUGAACACCUGCAGCACUACCAGGAGUUAAAGGCAGGCGUGGUCAACGGGCAGCUCCUCCUCGAUUUCUUGUGCCAGUCUGGGCCUCAUGUUGUUGAACCGGACGUCCAUGCUCUCCACUUUAAGCGUACAACGUUUGCAGAGGACCUCGGCGCCCUCAGACUGAAGUGGCUUCACGUUCAGAGAGAGCUGGAGAGCCAGAUUCGAGGAGCCGAACAGAUACAUCACACGUGUGCAGACAGAGAAAGGCGUUUACAGCAUCUUAAGAACUGGACAAGACGGCAGAAAAAGCAGCUAGAUCACUGGAAACAGCCGAGUGGUCAAAGUGUGGCGCGUAAGGCUCUGCAGGCGUCUGAGGAUGUUAAGGGCCGAGUGAAGAAAGUGACUGCAGCUCUGCAGAAGUUGAAACUGACACGAGUGUGUGAUGGAAAGGAUGAAGAACACACCUGUGAUGUAAUCUUCUCUGGCCAGACAGAGAGAGUUUGUGAGGAUUGUGAUGAUCUGGGUAAACAGAUUGAAGCUCUGACACCAGCUCUGCGACAGACUGUGGAGGAGUGGGGACGCUUCGAGAGCGAUCUGAGGGAGGCGUCUCUGCACACCACUAGGACGCGCUGUUUUCUGCAGCAUCAGCGAGCUCCUCUGUUCUCGCUCAAGCAGGCAGAAGGAGACAAGGACGUCCUCCAGCAAUUUCAAGAAAAGGCUGAAAUAGAGGGAGAGAUUUGGAUGUCCCUGGACAAAUCCUACCGGGGUCUGGUGAAGAAUCUACAUCAUGUAGCAGCUCAGGGUCUGAGUGAUCAGAUGGAAAGAGAGAGAAAAAGGUGGAAGGACGCGUUGCAGGAUCUAAAGGAUGAGCACAUGAAGGCUGCAGAGACACUCUCCCUCUGGCAGGAGUACACUCAGCUCUCUGACCAGAGCGUCCUGAGCCUGCAGAGAGUGAAGACUCAGUGUGAGGAGCUUCUGUCGUCGUCCCCUCAACAGGACACUCAGGAUGUGGUUCAGUCAGUGGAGAAGUUGCAGGAGGCUGCAGAAGAUUUGCAAAGAGGCAUGGGAGAUGUUCUUUCGGCUUCCAAGCCUGUAAUUGGACGGCUACAACCUCUGGCUGCAAAUUUUAUCCAAUCAGAGACCAGACUGCUGUCACGUGACAUCCUGCUGCUGAGCCAGGCAAUUUCAGGAAGAAAGAAACAUCUUCAGGAGGAUUUGGAGCAGCAGGAACUACUUCAUGCUCGUCUGGAGGCCUUCGAAAAGCAGACGCAGGAAAUUCAAGAUAAACUUAACAAAAGCCUGAAUAACACAGAUUCAGUGAAGCAGGUUCUCUUUGAGCUCAGUGACCUGUUUGCACCGCUGGUUGACGUCAAAGAGAUGAGUGUCUACGUGAGCCUUAACAACAAGGAGACGGACAGACUGCACACACUCAGCAGGCAAUGGGUUGAACGCCUGACUCACAUGUCUGACAUGAACAGAGAGCUCCAAGCUGAGCAUCAGCGCUCUCUGAGUUUUCAGGAGAAGUGUGAGAACCUGAAGUCCGUCCAAACAAAGCUUGAAGAAGAAUUGAUGUCUAAAACACCUCAGAGUUACUCCAGUCUCCAGGAGAUGCUCUCUGAUCAUCAGAAGCUUGAGCUUGAGAUGAUUAAUGGACACCAGCUCCUGCACAGUCUUCUCUGUCAGGCGCUCGAGUCCAUGGAAACAGAAGUAGAAGAGAAAAGAUCUGAACUCAUCGCACGAGUGACUCGUGUGAGGAAGAGCUGGUUCAACACUGUGGCCCUGGCAGGCGAGCGCAGGUCCUCCAUAAAAGAACAAGUGGGAAAAUGGAGAAUCCUCAAUCGGGGCUCGAAAAUUGUAUGGAAACUGUUGAGGGACGUUGACCCCUUGCUGCCCCCUGCUGGACCAACUCUGUAUACACUGCAUCAGCUACAGAGCUGUACAGAAGAUUACCAGUGUGUCGAGGAGGCUCUGCGCCUGCACUCCUCCGUGUACACCCAGACGAUGGAGGCUGGCAGACAGCUAUGUGACGCCAUGGCAGACUCAGAGUGUCAGAGCAGACUGCUGUCAGAGCUGCAGGCCACACAGGAGGCCUGGGAGCGAACCAGUUCACUGCUGGAGAGGAGAAGAGACCUGGUCAACACAAAUCAUCAGAAGUGGUCUCAGUGUCAGGAGGGGAUAACCGGCGUCAUGUCCGACCUGGAUGAGAUGAAAAACAGGCUAACACGACCAGAGAGACCACAGGACUCAGAGGAGGAGAAACACAUUCAGGAGACAGAGCUCUCUCUGCAGUGUUUGAACAGUGGAUUGAGGGAUUUGACCACCAUGAAGACGGACCUGUCGCAGUACGUUGCAGCCGCUGACUCGGCUCUGCUGGAGCAGCAGCUGGAACAACUCCACGGUCAAUGGGAAGAGCUGUGUACCAAGGUGUCCUUGCGGCGGCAGGAAAUUGCAGACCGCCUCAACGCCUGGACCAUCUUCAACGACAAGAACAAAGAGUUCUGCGAUUGGCUGACUCAGAUGGAGAACAAAGUGUGUCACAGCGGAGACCUGAGCAUCGAGGAGAUGGUGGAGAAACUGAAGAAGGACUGCAUGGAAGAAAUCAACCUGUUCAGUGAGAACAAAAGCCACCUGAAGCAGCUCGGUGAGCAGCUGCUAUUGGCCAGCGACGAGGCCAAGCAGUCGCAGGUCCACAGUUCUCUGCAGGAGGUCAACCAGCGCUGGCACAACCUCUUUCACCACAUCGAGGCCAGGGUGAAGAAGCUGAAGGAGACUCUGGUGACCAUGCAGCAACUGGAUAAGAACAUGAGUAACAUCCGCUCUUGGCUUUCACGCAUCGAGUCCGAGCUGUCCCGACCAAUCACCUACAGCGUGUGCCACCACCAGGAGAUCCAGAAGAGGCUGGCCGAGCAGCAGGAGCUGCAGAGGGACAUCGAGCAGCACACGGAGGGCGUAGCGUCCGUGCUCAGCCUGUGUGACGUCCUGCUGCGGGAUGAAGAUGCUGCUGGUGGCGGCGGCGGCACCAAGGCGGAGAGCGACUCCCUGCAGGAGACCAGCCGCAGCCUGGACCAGCGCUGGAGGACCAUCUGUGCCCUGGCUCUGGAGAGGAGGCUCAAGAUUGAGGAGACGUGGGGCCUCUGGUGCAAAUUCCUCGAUGACUACUCCCGCUUUGAGGAUUGGCUCAAGAUGGCCGAGCGUACCGCUGCCAGCCCCAACUCUGCAGACGUCCUUUAUACUGUCGCCAAGGAGGAGCUCAAGAAGUUUGAGGGUUUCCAAAGGCAGGUUCACGAGCAGCUGACCCAGCUAGAACUGGUGAAUAACCAGUACCGCCGCCUGGCCAGAGAGAACCGCACCGAUCGAGCCAGCCAGCUCAAAGCCAUGGUCCACGAGGGCAACCGACGCUGGGACACGCUGCACCGCAGAGUGGCCUCCAUCCUCCGCAGACUCAAGUAUUUCACCAGCCAGAGGGAGGACUUUGAAGGCACCAGAGAGAGCAUGUUGGUGUGGCUGACCGAGCUGGACCUUCAGCUCACAAACGUGGAACACUUUUCAGAGAGCGACGUUCAUCAAAAGAUCCAGCAGCUCAAUAGUUUCCAGAAGGAGAUCACUCUGAACACGGAGCGUAUUGACGGCCUGAUCGUGUUUGGAGAGGGUCUGAUCCAGAAGAGCUCACCGCAGGAUGCUGCUCUGAUCGAGGACGAGCUGGAGGAGCUGCACUCGUACUGCCAGGAGGUUUUCAGCAGACUGGUCCGCUUCCACCAGCGCCUCAGCCAACCCCCGGUAAUCAACGAAGAACCCGAGCUCUCCAGUACCUCGUUUUCGUUGGAGUCCAGCUUGGAGCUGAUUGGCCGGCCGUGGCUGGGGCGGAGUCUAGGAAGCUUCCCGGCCACUCCGACUCACCUGCUGGCCGGUGCACAAGAACGCUCAGGGCGGGAGACGCCGGUGAGCGUGGACUCCCUGCCGCUGGAGUGGGACCACACCGGAGACGUGGGAGGGUCAUCGUCACACGAGGACGGGGAGGAGGAGGAGGAGGAGGAAGACCAGGAGGACGGGAGAACUUACUUCAGCGCUCAUUCAGAGGUGGAGUUGAUGGAGAGCCUGGAGGAGUUUUUCGAGGCCCGGGAUGCCCUACGAGCCUCCUCACUGGUUUGCAGCAGUUCCAUGUCCACACUAGAGUCUCCAAGAUGGCGCUCACAGGAAGAUGCCGAAACACAAUCUCUCCACAGUGAGGCUCCGCCCACCCUUACCAGCACGCCGCUGAAGCCGGGCUAUCUGCGGCUCAUGUCUCAGUGCAGCGGCAGCAUCGAGAACAUUAAGCGAGUCUCACUGAUCCUGGAUGACGAGGAGCAGCCGGAGGAGUUCGGCCUGACGGGACUGACCUCCUCAGACAAACAGUCCAGUGUGAUCGAACGCUGGGAGCUGCUAAAGGCUCAGUCCAGGAGCGACCUGCACGCUGACUCUCAGGAGUCCCCACAGUUCACAUCUGACCUCGAUGACAUCACUUCCUGGUUAGAGAGCGUGAUCCCACAUUUGGAGCGCCUACAGCAGUCUGAGCCAGCGGUCGGUAUGGAGGAGAUGGCAGCCAGAGCCAAAGAACUGAAGGAGAUGCAGAAGACGUUUACACACUACAAGUCCAUCAUGCUGUCUGUGAACCUGAAAGCUCAGGAAGCUCCAGAACUUCAGGAGAGACUGGCUGGUAUGAACAGAGACUGGAGUCAAGCGUGUACGGGUCUGCAGCAGUGGGACACCGGUCUGAGGAAGACACUGAUGCAAUGCCAGGAGUUCCAUGAAAGCCUCCACUCUCUGCUGCUGUGGCUGGCCCACGCAGAGAGCCGGCGCUACGCAGUGGACGUCAGUCACCCAGACACGUCGGUCAGAGCCCUGCAGCAACACCACAGCACGCUCACAGAUCUGCAGACGGAGCUGCGGUGCAGACAGACUCAGCAGGCCUCCCUGCAGGCUCUGUGGUAUCAGCUGCAGCCGGAGGACGACGCCGAGGAGAGCGACGAGGCUCAGGAGAAGCUUCAUGUGACCAGGAGCAAACUGAAGCUGCUGCUGAGGCAGGUGGGCCAGGACCUCGGCUCCCUGCAGCAGCGUCUGGAAUGUGGGUCUGCAUCAGAGGUUCAGGGCCAAAGCGUCUCGGCAGAGCCUCCUCAAGACGCUGCAAAUUCAAAGAAAAGUUCCUCUGCUCAAAGAGAGAGGAGAGCCUCGUCCCCGCCUCGCUCCUUCUUCUACCGGGUCCUCCGAGCCGCCUUCCCCCUCCACCUCCUCCUGCUCUUCCUGCUUCUGCUCCCCUGUCUGAUCCCGAUGUCAGAGAGCGACCCCACCUGUACCACCACCAACAACUUCGCCCGCUCCUUCUACCCCAUGUUACGCUACACCAACGGCCCCCCGCCCACAUGAUAACAACAAAGAAUAUAUCGAGUUCACCCUGAGAAACACAAGCCACCUUUUUGACACUAAACUUUCGAACAUAUGAGAUGUUAUAAAAUGAUUCUUCUUUUAAAAAAAAGUCCAAAGUGCAUAAAUCGUAUUUAAUUAUCUAUUUGAAAAGAUUUGAUAUUUGACAGUAUUUAUUUAUUAUAAAUCAGGAAAGACGCCUUGUGAACACAAGAACAGAUAUUUUAGUUGAAUGAUUCAAAGAUCUUGAUGCCGUCUGAUCAAUCAGUUUAUUAUUAAAGACAGCUUUAGUGGAUUCAUGCAGAAGAUGAUGACUUGAGGAGGGAAAGCAGCAAAUAUAUUUAAGCAACUUCACAAGAAAAACACUGAAAGAUAAGCCACCUUGCUCUUUUGCGAAACUCGAAGCUGAUCAUCCAAAUGUCUCCAUGUUUGUAUUCAGAGACCUCUCCUGUCAUGCUCGUCUAAGUUUGUUGUUGUAGUUUAACAUUUCAUCAUGUUUAUCUUGGCUCUGCAAAAAAAAAAAAAAACAGAGCACGCUUUAUUUUUUUUGUUUUGGAUUGUAAUCGAAGAAGAAAAUGUUUAUUUUUUCAGCAGAAGACACUGGUUCAAUUUGAAUGUUAUUUUUUUAUACAGCCAACAGUACAAAGGUUUAGGGUUAUAACAAAGCUGUUUUUGUUUUGUUUUGCAGUUUUGUACACAAAAUGGUAUAUUUUUUUAGAUGCUAUUUGUCUUGAAUAGAUUGUGAGCAGACAUCUUCACACCUCCACUGCACUGUUGAACACUGUCUGUAGAUAUAGAGGGAUGAUGUGUCUGUACAGAUUGUAAUAAUAUAAUGUUUAUUUAUGACAUCCAACGGUGGAUUUAUGCUCCUGAUUGACUGGUAGUAAACACUGAUUGUCUUAA